UUUACGACAACGACUCUCAUACUAAAGAGACGGCGUCUCAUCAAUUAUGGCUUGUUCAUCGAGCUCAGUUGUCAAUCGUUCGCUGUCUGCUGUCUGUUCUUGCAGUCUACUUCAAUCAUGGCACCUGCACAGAUAGCGCUUUCUACCCUUCAUUCAUCCACGGCGUCAAAAGCCAUCACAAGUACUGUCGAACGCAUCGACAGGGUUGACGAUGCAUCAAUUCAGACUAUCGAUGCCCUGAUACGGCACCGGGCUCGUACAUAUCCUCAUGCCACGAUCGUUGCAUACCCACGGUCGGGUGUCGACUUUGUUGAUUACUCGAUGCAGCAACUCGAUGUUUUUGCAUACCGGGCCGCAAGACACUAUCAGACUUUUAUACCCACAAGAACGAGCUCAGAUAUCAAGCCUACCACUGUAGCGCUGCUAGGGCCUAGCAAUUUCGAAUAUGCGAUUACUAUGCUCGCUCUCACUAAGCUUGGUCACACAGUUCUCUUCUUGUCCACAAGGAUAUCGCAACAGGCCAUCGAAUCCCUAAUCGAGACUACUGGUGCAAAAUACCUUUUGGCAGAUGCACGAUUCUUGCAGACUGCUGCUGAUGUCCAGGCGAACAUGCCAUCUGUCUAUGUUGAAGAGAUCGCUAAGCAGUCUAUCUUUGACUUCUCGAUUGAGGUGCACGCCGAUACUCGACUUGAUUAUCAGCUCGAUCACAAUGUCGAAGCAUUCAACAAUGUAUAUAUCAUCCACUCAAGUGGUUCCACGGGACUACCAAAGCCGAUUUAUCAGCCUCAAAAAAGCUGCAUCGCGAACUACGAUAUCCAUAUGGAUAUGAAAGCUUUCAUAACACUGCCAUUGUACCACAACCACGGUAUCUGCAACUUCUUCCGUGCCAUUUCUUCGGGCAAGUCUAUUCACAUUUACAACGCGGAUUUGCCGCUCACACAACAAUAUUUGACUUCGAUUCUGCGCGAACACAGAUUCGAGAUAUUUUAUGGUGUCCCGUACGCUUUGAAGUUACUUGCGGAGACCGAUGAAGGCAUUUCACUUUUGAGACAGCUCAAAAUCGUCAUGUACGGUGGCAGCGCUUGUCCAGACACGCUGGGCAACCUUCUCGUCGACAAUGGUGUUAAACUCGUCGGACACUAUGGAGCCACUGAGGUUGGCCAGCUUAUGACGUCUUUCCGACCUGAUGGCGACAAAGCCUGGAACUAUGUUCGCGAAUCUCCCAAGCUUCAGCCUUUCCUCAAGUGGAUCCCCCAAGGCCCGAACCUCUUCGAAUGCACCGUGUUGCCGGGAUGGCCAUCCAAGGUAGCUUCCAACCGACCUGAUGGUAGCUAUGCAACGAAGGAUUUGUUUGAGCCCCAUCCAAACAUCGAGAAGGCUUGGAAAUACGUUGCACGUCUUGAUGAUACUAUCGUUUUGGUGAACGGCGAAAAGUUCAAUCCCGUCAUGAUGGAAGGCACCAUCCGCUCGCACAAAGCGAUCACAGAGACAGUUGUGUUUGGCGCUGCACGUCCAUACCUUGGAAUGCUUGUUGUUCCCAGUCCCGCUACAAAGAAUUUGUCAAAUGACGAUAUCAUCAAUCACAUCUGGCCCGUGAUUGAAGAGGCAAACCGCACCGCCGAAGCGUAUGCCAGGAUCACUCGUCAUAUGAUUUAUGUUCUGCCACACGAUUGCCAGUUUCCGCGAACAGACAAGGGAAGCAUUAUCAGGCAAGCUUUCUACAAACAGUUUGCUCCAGAGAUCGAGAGCGCAUAUGACUUGGCAGCAACCGCUCAAGGUGAUCUAAAAGACUUGGAGAUCCCUGAGCUAGAGGCUUUCAUUCGCUCCACUGUUGCGAAGUCGCUUCCGCAAGCAGAGGAGAUCGAACGAACUGCUGAUUUCUUCUCGCUCGGAUUGGACUCGUUGCAAUCCAUUUUGAUUCGCACAGACAUACUCAAAACUGUCAACAUCAGCAACAACAAGCUUGGCCAGAACGUCGUUUUCGAACACCCUUCUAUCGCCUCUUUGAGUGCCUAUCUACACAGCCUUCGAACUGGAACUACAGAAAAGCAGAUUGCUGUUGAAGAGACUAUGCAAGACCUUCUUGCGAAGUACAGCGAUUUCAGCUGGGUUCACAAGCAGAGCGUGGUUCUUACAGGCACUACUGGUUCACUCGGAGCCCAUGUGCUUGCUCAAUUGGUCAGCCGUAAUGAUAUUGAAGCUGUGCACUGUCUCGUUCGCGCAAAAGACCACCAGGAUGCAGCCCGGCGUAUUACAGAGUCGCUUCUUCAGCGCAAAAUCUACCUGCCUCUAGAGGCACGUGCAAAGAUAAACGCUUUGCCCUCUGACUUCUCUGAUACUCAUCUUGGCCUACCUUUUGCGACAUACAAUGCAAUUGCCCAGAAAGUAAGUCACGUCAUUCACUGCGCCUGGGCUGUCAAUUUCAAUUGGGGUCUUCAGUCCUUCGAGAAAGACUGCGUCGCAGGUGUGAACCAUCUCAUCGGCCUUUGCCUUGCCAGCUCUGCACCAGGUGGCAACGCUACCUUUAACUUCUGCUCCUCUGUCAGCACAGUCGCUCGGUGCCCCGACCUGGCAACACCUGAACAAGUUGCAAAGUUCAACUGGGCUCAAGGUAUGGGCUAUGCGCAAAGCAAAUGUGUGGCUGAGAACAUUUGCGUCGCUGCGCAAAAGGCAGGUGUCACAGCCAGGGUUCUUCGCGUUGGUCAAAUCGUCGCUGACACGAUCCACGGCGUCUGGAACAAGGACGAAGCUAUUCCCCUUAUGAUGCAGUCAGCACUUACUAUUAGCGCGCUUCCAAAGCUACAAGAAUCUCCUAGCUGGACCCCAGUUAACAUUGUCGCGCAAGCAGUGGCUGAGAUCUCAUUAAGCAACGCUGGUACAAUCGUUGCGAAUGUUACUAACGCCAAGACCUUCUCCUGGACAGACAACUUACUUCCUGCUUUGCGACAGGCAGGAUUAAAGUUUGAUGAGGUUGAGCCAAAGGAAUGGGUUGAGCGUCUACGCAACUCUAGCAGUGAUGUAGUCGCCAACCCUACAUUCAAGCUUGUGGACUUCUUUGCUUCCAAGUACGACAAGGACACCUUCGGCCCGUCAAGAACUUAUGAGACUACCAUUGCCCGUCAGUGGUCGUCUGCCCUUGACAAUGCUCCAGUGCUGGACGCUUCUUUUGUUAAGACUUUCGUGGAUCAAUUUAUGUUCAGUGCCUGGAAGCAGCCUUCCAUUGAUACCGUCGAAAAGAGUUGAACUCAAAAGGAGGAGCCGUGAUCGACAAGGGUGCCGCCGAACAGGCACUCCGGGCGCAUUGGCGAUCGCACGAGAUGAGAACCGUAGCUGGUCAUCGCAACUUACUAUACCCUACAAAGUACGCAAAAGCUCUUCAUGUCAGUGCAAUCGUGGGUCCUUAUGGUGCCUUACAUAUUUGGCUGUCAAAGAGGCUCCAGGGUUGGUUCAAGUAGCUAAAGUCACACCCGGUAGUCAUUGUGAGCCGGGAAUUCCAUCGCGUCCGGCCUUUAGUGCUCUGUGAU